UCAGAAGGGCCAACGCGCUGCUUUAGUCAGGGCCGGAUUUGCUGUUUUGGGGCGACCCGUUGGAUUCGCCGGUCUGGACUGAGGUUUCGUUCUGCUUUCUUCUGCUCUGUUGAAUCUUCUUUUCUCUCCAUCUUUCUGCUGCAAAUCAUCCAACUCCACCAUAUACUGCUCCACACGUGAUCUCCACCACUACAAUCACUACAACACUCAUCCUCACACAUCACAUCUGCACAUCUCACAUCUACUACACUUGAUACAACAAUAUAUUAUAUAUAAUAUAUAUAUAAUGGCCGUCCAAAAAAUCAUCCCCAGAGCAGAACCUCCCCCAUCCAACGCAAAUAAACGCUGGCCCCCCAUGGCCGACAAGACCUCUCUCCCCUUCCGCCUCACCACCCUCUCCAAGCAAAAGCUCGCCCGCGAGGCCACCGCCCCGGACCCAGACAUCCGCCGCUGUCUCUGCCACUUCCGUCUGCAUGUCAUGUCUGUCGAGAUGGCCCAGAAGGAUAUGACCACGCGCAUCAACUCGUUCGAUCUCGAGUCCGAGUCGGAGUCGGAGGAUGAGGACGCCGGGAACCACAAGAAGAAUUUCGUCAGCCGUAUUCCCGCUGUGCCGGAGCCGGCUGCGAAGAAGGAUGUUAGCCCGGAGAGUGCUGCGGCUGAUGCUGAGAAGGACUCGGCCAUUCAAGUUCACUUUGAGGUGUCGUUUGAGCAGUCUGCCGACACUUCCAAGGAGCAGUCCCAACAGACACAGACUCAAUCCCAAAGCCAACCCCAGAGCCAACCCCAAAGCCAAACGUCGGGGAAAGAGUCGGAUUCAGACGGCUUCAUGGAGAAAGGACGCACUUGUCUGGAGAAGACGAAGAAUCUAUGGCCGUCUCCAGGGCAGUGUCUGCCCAUCCAGAUUUCUGGGUAGUCUACUCAUUCAACCCUCGACUACUCCUCUCACUUGACUACUCCUCUCACUCGACUACUUCCUCGACUGCAUAUACUCCUCCGACUACUUACUCGGCUCUCACUACCUACCUCUGACUACACCGCCCUCAACUGUACACAUUACAGACGGAAGUCUCGCAAAAGUAUCAAUACGCGAUAAUAAUGAAUUACGAAUUACGACUGGAUUGGUUCAGCUAUACAUUUCUAGAAUAUAAUAAUAUCAAUAUCAAAUACAAAAGAGUACGUACUCGCCUUAG